GAUUAACGUAAAAACAUAUUUAUUAUAUUUAUUAACUACUCCUACUAGUCCUACUUUGAUGUUAUUUAACUUUUAUUGUAAAGAAAUAAAGGAUUGAAGUGUUUCAAACUCUCAAACAUUUGUUAUCGUUUAAUAUACUAAUUUUAAUAUUUAUUAAACGUAUAUUGAAAAUUUUAUAUCAGAAGAAAUAUCAAUUACCUUCUUAUAUACCUAUUUUGGUUUAUUUAUUUACAAGGUUGAGAACAGAGAUAUGGAUACAACAAAUAAUUCUAUGACAGAUUCUGACUACUACGUGUGUCUAAAUGAUACAUAUAUUAAUAAAUACAUGAAUCUAAUCGCAAAACGUUCCGCAAAUAAAAUAUAUGUAUUUGAUUCAUUUUUUUUCACCUCUUUAUAUGAGAAUGGAUAUUCACGUGUUCAUAAUUGGACAAAAAAUGUUGAUAUAUUCAAAAAAAAAGCGUUGAUGAUUCCUAUUUAUACCAGAGAAGAAAAUCGCUGGAGUUUAGUGAUGAUUGAUAUGGCAAACAAAACUAUGAGAUAUUAUGAUAAAUUUGGAAAAUAUAAUCCCAGAAACAUAAGAUUGAUAAUUAAAUAUUUGAAAUUAGAACAUUUUAUGAGGAAAGGAACGUUUUUUAAAAAAAAUGUAAUCCGAACUCCUACAAACAUAUGUAGUUCAAACAUCGACAUUUUGGAUAGUGGAUUGUUUAUUUGUGUUAUUGCAGAGCAUCUAUCAAGAAGUGCUCUAUUGCUUUUUUCGCUUAAUGACAUGAAGAGAUUCCAUAAACAAAUAGUAUGUGAUAUAAAGUGUGACAAAAUCUCAAACUUAAUCCCAAGUUUCUACACUUAAAUUAAACGUAAUAUAUUCUGUAAAUUUAACAUUUUUUAUUGAUUUAGGAUCAUCCUUGUAUAUUAUUUACUUUUUAGUUUUAA